GCCGUACGAGUCGCGUGCCCGCAAUAUCUUUUCCUUUUGAAAUAAAAAGCAAGCGGAGUUAUAGAAGAGAAGAGAGAAAGAGGGGCGAGAAGACGGAAAAGAAAGGGGUGUCGGAACAAAAGGAGCCUCCUUGAUAGUUUCACGAGAUGAUGCCGUGAGGGGUCUUAAACCCCCUUCUGGCUGGUUGAGAACAGAAAAGCAGACACCUGAGGAGAGAGAAGAGUUUAACACAGAAAAUGGCCUCAGGCCAUGACCUUAUGACAGACGAAAAACUGGCACACAUGAAACAAGAGGAUUGGGAGUGGGAUGCCCCGGAGGAUCUGUGUUUGAAGGAAGAAGACUGUGAAGUGCUGAAAGAGGAGGAGGAGGAGGAGUCCCAGAGGGAGAUUGUUGAGAUUAAAGUUGAGGACCCAGAAGAUUUCUCAGUUUUAAAAAGUGGGAAUGUUGUCAAGCAAGAGGUUUCUGAAGGACCUCAUCCCCGUUUGCAGCCCUGGGUCACUAAUACGGGACAACUGGCUACCCGGCGGAAUUCUCUAGAGCUGAAAUCUGAAGUGGGGAAUGCAGAAGAGCUGCAGUCACCUGGCGAUGCUGGAACAGAUUUGCCUGAGAACGGAAGCUUUGCCAAACCAUUAUUUGCUCACCCCUCUCUUCCAUGUGGACUGCAACAGAAACAGGACAAGGAGAAGAUGAAGAAAUCACAAAGUGGAUCAGAGAAUUUAACAGCAGCCUCUUCGCAGUGCAGUUUUGUUACUCAUGGCAAGCACACAGAGACAGAUGUCCUCAAAGUUAAUCAACAAGUGCAAAAACACUUCAGAGUUCACACUGAAGAGAAACCUCACUGUUGUUUAGAAUGUGGCAAACGAUUUGCACACAGCAGCAAUCUUCAGAAGCAUAAAAGAAUUCAUACUAAAGAGAAGCCUCAUUGCUGUUCUGAAUGUGGCAAACGAUUCUCACAAGUAAGAAGUCUUCACACCCACACAAGGAUCCAUACUGGAGAAAAACCUUACUGCUGCUCUCAAUGUGAUAAGCAAUUCUCUGACAGUAGUGCUCAUCGGCAACACACACGAAUUCAUACUGGGGAGAAGCCUUAUUGCUGUUCAGAAUGUGGAAAACGGUUCUCCCGUAAGACCAGUCUUCACACACAUAUUAGACUUCACACUGGAGAGAAGCCAUAUUGCUGUUCUGAAUGUGGCAAGGGAUUUCACCUUCGUAGUAGUCUUCGUAAACAUGCCAACAUUCACACUGGAGAAAAGCCUUAUUGCUGUUCUGAGUGUGGUAAAGGAUUCUCAUUUCUAAAUAGGCUUCAAAGGCACUUGAGAAUUCACACUGGAGAAAAGCCUUUUAGUUGUAAUGAGUGUGGCAAACAGUUCCUAGAAAUUAGUCAACUUCAGAGCCACAUCAGAAUUCACACUGGAGAGAAACCUCACUGUUGUUUAGAAUGUGGCAAACAAUUUGCACACCGCAGCAAUCUUCAGAAGCAUAAAAGAAUUCAUACUAAAGAGAAGCCUCAUUGCUGUUCUGAAUGUGGCAAACGAUUCUCACAAGUAAGCAGUCUUCACACCCACACAAGGAUCCAUACUGGAGAAAAACCUUACUGCUGCUCUCAAUGUGAUAAGCAAUUCUCUGACAGUAGUGCUCAUCGGCAACACACACGAAUUCAUACUGGGGAGAAGCCGUAUUGCUGUUCAGAAUGUGGAAAACGGUUCUCCCGUAAGACCAGUCUUCACACACAUAUUAGACUUCACACUGGAGAGAAGCCAUAUUGCUGUUCUGAAUGUGGCAAGGGAUUUCCCCUUCGUAGUAGUCUUCGUAAACAUGCCAAAAUUCACACUGGAGAAAAGCCGUAUUGCUGUUCUGAGUGUGGUAAAGGAUUCUCAUUUCUAAAUAGGCUUCAAAGGCACUUGAGAAUUCACACUGGAGAAAAGCCUUUUAGUUGUAAUGAGUGUGGCAAACAGUUCAUAGAAAUUAGUCAACUUCAGAGCCACAUCAGAAUUCACACUGGAGAGAAACCUCACUGUUGUUUGGAAUGUGGCAAACUGUUCUCACACAGAAGUACUCUUUAUAAACACACAAGAAUUCAUACGGGAGAGAAACCUUAUUGCUGCUCAGAAUGCGGGAAAAGAUUUUCAGAAAUAGGCCAUCUUCAGUGCCACAUACGGAUUCACACUGGAGAAAAACCAUAUUGUUGCCCCGACUGUGGUAAACAGUUCUCAAACUAUAGUGGCCUUCGUAAACAUAAAAGAAUCCAUGCUGGUGAGAAACCUCACCCCUGUUCUGAAUGCGGCAAGUGUUUCUCAAACAACAACAGUCUUAAUAUCCACAUGAGAAUUCACACUGGAGAGAAGCCCUAUCACUGUGCAGAAUGUGGUAAACAGUUCUCACAAAGACGUAGUCUUCAGAUCCACACAAGGAACCAUACGGGAGAAAAACCUUAUUGCUGUUCAGAAUGUGGCAAACGAUUUUCGGACAGUUGCAGUCUCCAAAGACAUGCAAAAAUCCACACUGGUGAAAAGUCAUAUAGCUGUACUGAAUGUGGCAAGCACUUCUCUGGGAGUAGUGCGCUUCAGCAGCACAUAAGAAUUCAUACUGGAGAGAAGCCAUUUAGCUGUUCUGAAUGUGGCAAACGAUUUUCCCAAAGAAACAGCCUUCAGAUCCACUCAAAAAUUCACAGUGGAGAGAAACUUUAUUAUUGUUCUGAAUGUGGCAAAAGAUUCUCCUGUAAUAGCUAUCUUCAGAAACAUAAGAGAGUUCACACAGGAGAAAAGCCACACUGCUGUCCUGAAUGUGGCAAGAGAUUCUCACAAAUAAGCCAUCUGAACAACCACACAAGAACUCACAAAAUUAUGCAGCAUGAAGGACCGACUUGCCUCGGAGAAGACAAUGUCCUAAACAAUGCCCUGUCCUUCCAUGCCAGCGGAUGGCUCGGGCUGCCAUACGAGGCGCGUGUCUGUAGUUUCAGAGACAAAAGGGAGCAGAAGAAGAAACGGGAAAAGCGAAAAGAAAUGAGAGAAAGAGGAGGAGGAGGAGCGUCGGUGAGCAACGGGGGUAUCGGGCCAGUGCGGGAAUGUCGAGGGCGAGACGAGACGACAGUAGACGGAAGAGUUGUUGAAUCACACGAACAUCUAGAAGACUUCAUUGAAGGUGCAAGAGAAGAAAAGGAGUCUGAGGAAAUGACGCUGAUGAGGUCAGUUAACAUGGGAGAAAAGGCGCCUCCUUGCCAGUUCACACGGCCAUACGGUGAGGUGUCUAAUGGCCUCCAGGACAGGACUGUCCAUGUGAGAAAGGAAUCCUGGAAGAGAAAGGGGAACACGUUGGGGGAAGAGAAGAGUUUCACACAGAACAUGGCCCUAACCACAGAUGGUGUCAUAGAUCAAAGACUAGCACACAUUAAACAAGAGGACUGCGAGUGGGGUGCCCCUCUGGAUUUGUGCGUGAAGCUGGAGGACUGUGCGGGAAGAGUUUCUGCUUUUAAAGAGGAGGAGGAAGAGGAGUCAUCUGAGGGGGAGAUUGUCGACGUUAAAGUUGAGGAUCCGGAAGAUUUCUCAGCCACUCUUCAACGACAAAACCACGAAACUGGGUAUGAGAUCAGUGAAGAAUCUCGCUGUGGCUUACAGCCUUGGGUCACUAAUGCUGGUCAACUGGCUACCCAGCAGAAUUCUGCGGAAGUGAAUACUGACACAUCUGUGUUGGAAGAGAAAAUUGCUGAAGGAGAUGGGAGAGAAGCAGAAGAGCAGCAGCCAGCUCAGAGCGUCGAAAUAAAUUUUCGGAAGGAUGACAGCCUCUCAACAUCUUUGUUUGCUCAGCCAUCUCUUCAGGGCAGACUACAACAGAAACAGGACAAGGAGAAGAUGGACAAAUCAACAAAAGGACCAGAGAAUUUGACAGCAGUCUCUUUGCAGUGUAGUUCUCUCACAACUGUUGAACUCAUACACCUAGAAGCCAUCAGCACCGAUCAACAAAAAGUGCAUAAUAAAGAUCAAGAGACUUUGUAUGCCUGUCGAGAGUGUGGAAAAACUUUCAAGAACAAAUCUGACUGCAAAGAUCAUAAGUGGAUUCACACAAGGCAGAAACCAUAUUCCUGUUCUGAAUGUGGUAAACUCUUUUCCCGCAGUGACAGUCUUCACAAGCAUAAAAGGAUUCACACUGGUGAGAAACCCCAUUCCUGUCCAGAAUGUGGCAAACGAUUCUCACAGAUAAGCAGCCUUCAGAGCCACACUAGAAUCCACACUGGAGAAAAACCUUAUUGCUGCUCUGAAUGUGGUAAGCGAUUUUCUGAUAGUAGCAGUCUCCAAAGACAUAUACGAAUUCACACUGGAGAAAAGCCAUAUAGCUGUUCCGAAUGUGGCAAGCGAUUCUCCGACAGUAGCACUCUUCAGCAGCACACACGGAUCCAUACUGGAGAGAAGCCAUAUUGCUGCACUGAAUGUGGCAAGCGAUUUUCACAAAUAAGCAGUCUUCAGAGCCACUCCAAAAUUCACACUGGGGAAAAGCCUCAUUGUUGCUCUGAAUGUGGCAAAAGAUUCUCCCAUAACAGCAGUCUUCAGAAACACCUAAGAAUUCACACUGGAGAGAAGCCAUAUUAUUGUUCUGAAUGUGGCAAGCGAUUUUCGCAAAUAAGCAGUCUUCAUAGCCACACACGAAUUCACACUGGAGAAAAACCACAUUGUUGUUCUGAAUGUGGCAAAAGAUUUUCCCAUAAUAGCAGUCUUCAAAAGCAUGCAAAAAUUCACACGGGAGAAAAGCCUUUUUGCUGUUCUGAAUGUGGGAAAGGUUUCUCACUUUUAAGUAGGCUUCAUAACCAUUUAAGAAUUCACAGUGGAGAGAAGCCUUUUUGUUGUACUGAAUGUGGAAAACGGUUCUUACAAGUUAGCCAUCUUCAGAGUCACAUCAGAAUUCAUACUGGAGAGAAACCUCACUGUUGUUCAGAAUGUGGCAAACGAUUUUCACACAGUAGUAGUCUUCAUAAUCAUACAAGAAUUCAUACUGGAGAAAAGCCUCAUUGCUGUUCUGAAUGCGGAAAAAGAUUCCUACAAAUAUGUCAUCUUCAAAGCCACAUUAGAAUUCAUACUGGAGAGAAACCGUACUGUUGUCCUGAAUGUGGUAAACGAUUCUCACACAGCAGUGGCCUUCAUAGCCAUAAAAGAAUUCACACUGGCGAAAAACCACACAGCUGUUCUGAAUGUGGAAAACGGUUCUCAGACAGCAGCAGUCUUAACAGCCACAUGAGAAUUCACACCGGAGAGAAGCCGUAUUGCUGUUCUGAAUGUGGCAAACGAUUCUCUCACAGUAACAGCCUUCAUAGCCAUAUACGAAUUCACACAGGAGAGAAACCAUACUGCUGUUUUGAAUGCGGCAAGCAAUUUUCACAAAUAAGUGGUCUUCAGAGUCACACAAGGAUUCAUACUGGAGAAAAGCUGUACUGUUGUUCAGAAUGUGGCAAGCGAUUCUUCCAUAAUAGUAGUCUUCAGAAACAUACACGAAUUCAUACUGGAGAGAACAGCAUACAGUAUGAAGGAGCAGCUGCUAUUUAAUAAAGAUAAUCUUAACAUGG